GCGAGAGAGCAAUAUUCUACUAAUAUCCCUAGAACUCUGGACAUGGACUUUCUAUUUGUUACACAUAUCCCGUGUUGAUGCUGAGAAUCACGGCGCUGUCAAGUAAUUUCGAGAGUAUGUUGAGUGGUGCUUUAGCACGCAUCGCUAGCGAACGAAUCAGCUGAUGGAGAAAGGCAGCUGGCGUGCAGACAUUCGGCUGCGAGCGGAUAUUUUAGCGAUACGAUCUCUGUAAAACCAAGCUGAUUUGUCGCCCCUGUGUGUGUGUGUGCAUGGUGUGUGUAUGCCUGGUGGUCACUGUGCCUGGAGUACUGUCAUUCAGUCAGUUCAAUGUUGUGGGUGGCUUGUGCUCGUUUAUAGCUGUACCAUUUUGCCCACAAAACUCGUAAGUCAUUUGCGCUCCGCAAAGUAACACUUAGUUCAAGUCGGCUUGUUGUAGCCUGCUAGCUGUUGGCAGUGUUGCUCUUUCCAGCGCACUUGUUGUCUUCCGCCUAGUUGUCUGGGCGCACCGUCCAUUCAGUGUAUGAAUGAAUACCAUCAACCUGAAAUCGUGAAUAAUCGCGUUUACUAACAGUGACAGUAAGGGCGCUGCAAUGUUGUUCCGUUGCCACAUCAAACCUUAUUCCAGUUUUCUUGUCAGCGAAUAGAGGUGGAGUUGAAACGGGUGUUCUAUCUGCUCGUCCACACGUUUACCGUGUCCGUGGCAGGGCGCGGACGCUUUGGAAUAUGUCUUCAGGAAGUUACGUUAUAUCUGUGAUCAAAUAAUUGUGAAAAAUUGUCCUCAGUUGGACAGGCUAGGAUCUAGGAGUGGACUGAAGUGCUACGCGUUGCGAUAUUGUCGACAAGACACGGGACGCAUCGAGACCUGUCAAUCCUUGUUGUUCAUAGCUUUAGUGACCGCUAGACGGACGCUGCGAAGACAAAUUCGUCUACACGCCCGCCUGGAUGUCAGUCUAUUCCGCACUGCCUGUGUGCGUUUUGCUGGUGUAGCUUUGCCAGGGAGGUGACGGACACUAGGUCUGGUUGGCACAGAGAGAGAGAGAGAGAGCACAGGAUUUCUACGCACGCACACAAUUCGUUGAGUUCCAAUAAUUCCAUCGCUAUACUACUAGCCACCGCCACGCACUCCGUUGAAACCCGUGCUCGCCCGUACCGACUCUGAUGGCUUCACCACGCCAUCAUAGGCUGAGGCGGCGUAGCAGCCUGCCCGAAAACGUACUUCUGGCCACCCCGCCUGCCGACAAGCCGCGGCAUGGCAGCAGCAGCCUUGAAGUCAAAGUGUCGACGGUGGCUGGACAACACGAGAAGAACGGUGUGCCUCUCACCCGGACGGGCUCACUGAGACUCAAGGUUGAAGAGCCGGAAUUGCCUGUGUGCAAUGUCGGUUAUGUUAACAUGGAUACCUGCCCCGUUGCUGCCGAUCAGCACCACACUGUUAAAGAUAACCUAGAGCGAGUGCAUCCAUUGGUCGAAUCACCCUCAAAGUCACGGAACCAGCUGACGCGACGAGCGACGCUGUCGAGUUUGGCGAAUAAGAUUGGUAUUGGCAAUGCCAAUGGGCAAGCUGUGUCUGGAAAGCGGCAGUCGGGAGGUGGGACGCCCAGUUCCCUGCGUAGGCAGCUGGGGACUCAGCCGCCUGCACCGUCACCUGGGCUCCGGCACAUGCCGAACAAGAUGAUAAAUCGUUUUCUCUCCAAGCGAUCACCCGAGCCGCACGCGACCUCCAGUCCUGGAAGAGGCGACGGCGACUCAGUUUCCGACACGUCUCAGAAUGAGUUCUCGAUCAGAUCGGAGGGGAUGGCAUCCAGCUACGAAAGCACGACGUCACAAGACGAUGCUCUCCGGCCUCGUGCAAAUUCUAUCACCACUGCUCGUGAUUCAAUGCUGAAGGAGAUCCGCAGCAAGGCACCUAAGCUAAAACUGAAGAGUCAGAUGCGCCGCUCGGGCAAUUCGUCUCAGCUCGCCGCCCCGCAGCGUCGAGAGCGUAGCAAUAGCAUUGGCUCGGCGGACAACCUGUCGGACAAGUCGGGCGCAUCUGGUGAUCAGCUGGUCGAUGGUGGCAGCGGUGGUGGCGGUGGUCAUCGCGAACAUGACGACCCAAUGGGCAGCUUGUCUGGUCAGCAUCCGAGUGGUUUGGGCCCUGGAGAUGAGACCGACUAUCAUGAGCGUGUACAGCAGCAGAUUCGUCACUAUGAGGAGAAACUGAAACAAGCUAGGCAGGAGCUGCAGACGCUGAAAGCCGCUUACGUGGAAGAGUUGAGUCGAGAAAACGCGGCUGCAGAAGCCCAGAGCUCUGCUGGCGGAGCUUUCGGGGCCGAGUCUCGUAAAAAGACCACGUUUGAAGCCUACAACAAGCGCUACAAGGCCGAGGAGAUGAAACUGCAGGAGAAAGUCACAAAGUAUGAGGAAAAGCUCAGUCGGUUGAUGGACAGAAGUUCUCUGCAGGAUCAUGGUAUGAUGCAAGGUGUCAAGGACCAUGUCUACAGCAUCAGAAGAUCAGUGAAGUCUGGAUUACAGCAAGCCCAAGGUGGCCUACACGUUCCAUCGUUUGGCAAGAUCUUCGGCAGCAAUAGCAACAUCAAUGAUGAUGUACCGGUUGAUGAACAGAACCUGCACCAGCACCAGCACCUGCUGCAAGCACAGCAGCAACAGCAGCAGCAGCAUCAACUAUCCCCACUGCGUGCCUCUGUGGCUGAUAACCAGGACUGGGCUAGUCUUCUCUCUCAAUUUCAAGAGACGAAAAGUCGAACGUCACAACUGGAGGACGCUCUGCAACAGGUUGCCACUCGACUUGUCGAGGCUGGCGACGGGCAAGAGAAACUGGAAGACACCUGCGCCAAGCUGAAGGCCGACAUCGAAGGUAUCUCUGCCGAGAAGAAGACGGUGGAAACUCAAUUAGCAGCGUCACUGGAGCGAGUUAGUCGUCUUGAGGGAGAACUGAGCGAGUUGGCAGCUUCGUUUGACAACCGGGUCGAGGAUACGUUACUACGGUUACAGAAUGCCCAGUUGCAGAUGGCCGAGCGAUGCCAGGAGAUAGAUGAUAACGUGGAGAAGUGUGAAGCAAGGGUAUCUGAGCUAGAACAUCAUGAUCGCCAGGCGCUACCUAUCGGUGCCAGUGACAACAAGAACACCAGCAGUAUAGUAGUGUUGUUGAUCAACGCCACUAUAGCUGUGCUCUACACCGUACUGGCAUACUGGAUGAGGAUACGCGACCUUCUACCGCGCAGUGCUGGAGCUGUUAUCCCUCUGGCCAUGCUGCUCUUUGUCAGUAUAUUUACAGCCUGGAUUUUCCGCUAGCAAUGACCAAUGAGAGACACAGAGACGAUCAGUGAUAGCCGCCCGCCCACACACUACCGGGCAUCUGGCUCUGUGAGGUAUCAUCCAUCGCCGAUGUACGACGCAUGUGGCCAUCGGUGGUAGCCGUCCGAAUCCCACUGGGGCAUCAGGCUCCGUGAGAAAGCAUCCAUCACUGAUGCAUGAUACAUGUGUGUAUGGUAUCUAUUGCGCUGAACGGCUGCUAACAGUAACACCACGACGGCGCCUGCUUACAGAGAUUUGCCAUUGGCAAUCUAGCUAUCUAUGUUAUGUACAGUAAUGAUUGCACGUAAUUGAUUUAUCCCCUCCGUUUUGUUACCGUACCCUAUCUAUGUGCUGCGCGUACGAUUUCUAACCACGCGAUGCUGCUGUCUGUAACAACAUUAUACUUUAUAGUAAUUUAUUUCUUUUCUAGUUUAUGCUGGAUUUGUCUGAGCUGUCCGUAGAUUUUGUUUCGAUUAUUUGUGUGAAGUAGCAAUGGAUUUCCUCCUUG